UGACAAUGACACACAAACACACUGAAUAUUGUUAAUUUUUUUUCCUGGUGAAAUGUGAUUUUUAUUCAAAUUUUAUCGCGAUACACACGAUUUUUGAUAUAGUUGAUAUUAAUUGAUUUCUUGAUUCAUGAAUUUUUUCAUUGAUUAUCAGUUUUUUUUCUCUUUGCAACAUGGAAUAAGGCAGUUUGUAAAUAAAUAAAUAAAUUGAAAUGAAAAAGUUUUUUUUUUGAAUUAUGAAUGGCUGAACAAUUCGAAUGCCAGUUUGUUAUUUUUCAAUCAUCACAAGUGUUGCCAUCUAUUGAUUAAAAUUUAUAUGUAGUAAAGAAUAAUUAUCAGAAUUACCAAACAUGUGUUGUUCGCGGAUCGUGUUCGGAAUAUGUCUCGUAUGGAAAUGGCCGAUUCUAUGGCCGAUUAUAUAAUCGAUUCAUCAUCAUCAACAUCAUCAACGAUUGAUGGAAAAAUUUUUCGUUAUGAACGUUUUGUUGAAGAAGUAUUGAAAACUGAUCUGCAAAAAGUUUCUCAUCAAUAUGAAGAGAUAUGUGAACAAAUUGCCAAUUAUAAUAAUGUUAAAUCGACAAUUGAAACAAUUAAUCGUCAUGAAUUGAAAACGAUAAAAACAAUGAAUGAUAUUGGCUCAAAUUGCUAUGUUCAAUGUGUUAUACCAAAUACCGAUCGAAUAUAUCUAUGUGUUGGAUUGGAUUGUUUUGUUGAAUUAACACUUGAUGAAGCUUUGAAAUUCAUCGAUCGUAAAACGGGAAUUUUAAAAAAAUCGAUGGAACUUUUGGCGGAAAAUUCGGCCAAAAUUAAAGCCCAUAUUAAGAUUGUAUUAAAUUUGAUUGAUCAAUUAAAAAAUGGUGGUGGUGACGAUGGUUCGUGUUAAUUUAAUCUCAACAAUGUUUACGUUAUAAGCAUUAAUUUCAAUGAUGAAAAUAUCUAAUAGAAUUUGUUACAAAUAUAAUUUUUUUUUCAUUUUAAA